ACACAGCUCACCGAUCAGAAUCUGAAUUAUGCCUUUCUCUUGUUUCUUCCAUUCUCUUUCCAGACCCUUUCUCUGAUUCUCUCACUUCUCAGAUUUCUUCCAAUCUCUGUAGCUCUCCCAAAUCGCCUCUCGUUAAUCUGAAUUGGAGGGUUGAUGAAUUGAAGGGUAUUUGCGAAGGCCUGUGAUUAGCGGGGUGGUACAGAAUGGCGUGCAGGGGGUUUUGGGAAUGCAUAUUGAAGCUUUUGAACUUCUUAAUGACUCUUGUGGGUCUGGCUAUGGUGGGGUAUGGGAUCUACUUGUUUGUGGAGUAUGAGAAGUCGUCUUCCAGUAGUUCUGCUGCCUCACACACAAGUGAUGCUAUGAUACAACUUGGUCGGCCGAUGCUCAUGGACUCUCUGUCCAGCAGCUUUUUUGAUGACCUGCCGAAAGCUUGGUUCAUAUGUGUAUUUGUUGGUGUUGGUGUGAUUCUCUUUAUAAUCUCGUGUUUCGGGUGUAUUGCAGCAGCCACUCGUAAUGGAUGCUGCCUGGCUAGCUAUUCAGUAUUGGUGUUCUUGCUGAUCUUGGUAGAAGGGGGAUGCGCAGCUUUCAUAUUCUUUGACAGUAGUUGGAAAGACGAUAUUCCAACCGAUGAUACUGGAGACUUCGAUAUGAUAUAUGACUUUCUGGAAGAGAACUGGGAAAUUUUCAAAUGGGUUGCUCUUGGGAUUGUUAUAUUUGAGGCCUUUCUAUUCUUGUUAGCUCUUAUUGUAAGAGCUGCAAACAGACCAGCAGAAUACGAUAGCGAUGAUGAGUAUAUUAGUGGGCCAAGGCAGCAAGCCCGGCAACCGCUGAUCAACAGGCCACCAGUUCCAGCUCCCGGUGUCCCUGCUGCUGGUGCCCUUGAUCAGCGUUCAAGCAGAACUGAUGCUUGGAGUACACGUAUGAGAGAAAAGUAUGGACUUGAUACUUCUGAGUUCACAUACAAUCCAUCCGAGUCAAACCGGAACCAGCAAACAGCAGCACAGCCAGCAGAGGAGAGGAGUCGUUGCAGCAUAAUGUAAUCGCCAUCUUGGUUUUUGCAGAAUUAGAAAAUCGGAGCAGUUCCUGGAAACUCUGUUUUUCGCUGCCUGGUCGCAGAACUUUGUAUCUGAAGAAGACGAUUGCUUUCUUUUUCUCGAGUUUGUGUGCCACACACAAUUAUCAUGAGCUUUUCUCAUUGAUUCACCCAACAUCCUUGUUACACCCCGAUUUUUGGAAUAUCAAGUGUCAUGAAAUUGGUGAUGUAA